AUGUUGAGCUGCACCGCAAGGCCUGCCCCUUUGACCAGACAGCCAUCGCCACCGACAUCGAGCUGCUGCCUCUCAACACUGCCCUACUGCAGCUGGUGGGAGGACAGAUCCAGAAGCUACUUGAGGCCCAAGGGAAAGGAGAGAGCUCCUCUCCAUCCACUGAGCAGGCAGGCAGCCAUCCAGACACAGACCUCCCCAGGACAACAGACCAAGAGAAGUGUUAGCAUCGCUGUUGGCACAGGUGCUAGUCUGUUCUGGGGCGUCCCUGUCGAUGCCCCUGCUCGCGAUGAGGAGCGCCCACAGCCAGAGUGGCACACCGACACAGGGCCUGGCGCUCCCGAUGGCAGCAGGGCCUCCUCUAGUCGGAGCUCUGGCAGUGCCAGCCUUACCCACAGCAGGCACAUAGAUGGCUCGGAAGAAGAGAGCGGGGUCAGAGAGAGACGGGUGUCAGGCACACCAUCCAACCAGUCAACGCACCAGAGGACUCAGUCAGCAUUUGGAGACUGUUCUUUCCAGAGUCCAGUGUUGGGGGAGAGUGCCAGCAUGUACUACCAGUCCCAGUCUCCACAGAGGGACGGCACCAAGAGUCAGGAGCCCAGGGCGGUGGAGGACGAUCAGCGGUUUUAUCAGGAUCUACUGGGCCAAGUGAACAGCCGUCUCCAGGGAUCAGUGAACGAGGAGGUCAAAGAGGAAGAAGAUCGAAGCACCUCGUACACACUGCGAGAGAGACACAGCUUGUCCCCUAGACAAGUGUCCCACUGUCAGUCCCAGCAGUCAUCCCCUAGCCCUGUUCCCGUCAGCUCCCGGAGGCCGGAGCCCAAAGUAGAGCAGCAGUCAGGAGGAAGGGACCAGGUGCUCCACGCCACGCUGCGCCAGCUGCAGCAGCUAGGGGUCAACGUGGACCUGGACUCUGCCGACCCCGGGGGCAAGACCACGCGCAGCUCUGUAGAGAGUGCCAGUACCCUGGCCGGCAUCAACCCAGAGGCGGUCAUCAGCAGACUGACCCUCCCAGAGUCGAUGGGGACCAGCAUGUGGGGCGGCAGCGUGGACCUCAGCCUGGAGGCCAACGCCAUCGCCCUCCGAUACCUAAGCGACCAGCAGCUCUCCAGGCUCUCUGUAGGGGGAGGGCAACAGCCCCCCAGGGCCCGUCCCAGGUUCAGCCCCUGCACACUGCUCUCAGAGAAGCCCCCAACGGAGAAGAGCGCCAUGGGACAGAGCAGUAUUCUGUCUCCGAACAACAUGUCUUUAGCCACCCGCAAGUACAUGAAGAGAUACGGGCUGAUAGAGGAGGGGAGCGGGAGUGAGGAGGAGGAGAGGGCCGAGGGGGAGCAAUCGGAGAUGGGAUACACUGUACAGUUCCAUGUUCAACCGGAACAAGAAGGACUAGGAGAGUGGGAGCACAAAGGUUUGGUUCUGAAAAACAUCACAAACGAGUUGCCCCACUCCGACCCUGUCCACCCCCAGGCACUGCAUGCAGACUCUCAAAGCCAGCUACUCAGAGACUUGCGUCCUAAAAUGCAGCUUUUGGCCCGCGGCGCCAAACACAGUUUGGAGAAGGAGAAUGGCGCCAAACAGCGGCCAUCUUUUGGAAAAAUGCAGAGGGAGUGUCCUCAACCAGAAGGGUCGAUGGGAAAUUUCUUGGACCUAAGUAGACUUCGACAGCUGCCGAAACUCUUCUAAAGGACCCAUGGGAACUAAUGCAAAGGGAACUCAAAAUGACAAAUGAAAUGUAUUGUCGAAUCCAUUGGGAUUUGUCAGUUUGCUUGUUUCCUUAGUAAGAGGUUUUUAAAUGCUUCCAUACAUUUUUGUUUACAAUAAAAACAAUUAUGCCUCUUUAUUUUAAUCUUCAUGGUGCUCAUUGUAAUGUAUACAUGUGUGUGUGACCGCUGAUUGACAGAGAUUGUUACCAAAUCACCACAGUGCUCUUUUGUCUGUGAGCAAAAUGAUUCUCCUCUUUCUACUACUACCACUUGGAGGAGGGUGUAGUGUCAUGAUGUAGCUCUUUUCAAUGGUGGCAGCUAGGUCCUUUUUAUCUAUUUUUAUUUUAAAUGCUUUUGAUUUUCAACAUGCCAUGGAUGCCAAUUGUCUAAACCGUUGUAAAAGCUAUUUAAUUUACAAUUUGGCCGUUUAUUGAUAACCACUAUACCAAUCUC